AUGUGGCAUAGGACUGUUAUCGCACUAACACUGAAGCUUCACUGCUACAGAUCGGGACGAUCACGGCUAAUGGAUUCGUUGGGAUUUUAUUUGAAUGACGACAGGCGACGCCACCAAAUGCAGCGUUCAGAUAUGUUUGAGGUGGCCGCCGAACUGAAGAGUAAAAGUGAUGAGAUUGUUGGACAGCAAGAACUGGAACAGAGCCCGCAAUACAUUGACUGGCUACAGAAAUGGGAUAGUUUCCUUGUAAAUUCAGCGACGCGUACUUUGAAGCCGAGCGCCGAACUGAAAAAUUUGGUCAGAACGGGUGUACCAAAAACUUAUCGUCGCAGAGUUUGGCGGAGUCUUAUCAACUAUGUUGUGAGCGAUCAACAAGCUGACCUCGGCAACGGCUAUUACGAAACACUUCUUCGAAAAGUGAAUUCCAUUGACAGUGCAACUGCUGAAAACGACAGUGCUUUAAAGCAGAUAGAUCUGGAUUUGGCGCGAACAUUACCCACAAACAGGUAUUUUGAUGAGCCCACAUCUGAAAAAAUUGUUAUUCUUCGUCGCGUACUUUAUGCAUAUCGCUUCCACAAUAAAUCUGUUGGAUACUGCCAGGUACUUUAG